AUGGAAGGAACGCUUUAUUUUGCCUAUAAUUUACGCGAAGACGAUGAUAGUUAUGCAUGUAUAGCAACAAUAGAAACUCAAUCAGCUCAACAAGGACCGUUUUUCCGAUUAAUUCUUCCCCACUUAAACACAAAACAUAAAUCAACACAUGGCAAAGUUCAAAGAUUUCCCCACUCAUUUGCUCCAAGAAUUGAUGAAUAUCAGCCACAACUCUUUCCAGAAUUGCCCAUUCGAGGACAAACUGUCCACUUGGAAUGCUUUGCCUAUGGAUUUCCGAUCCCAACUUAUCGCUGGACUCGAGUAGAUGGACUCCCUCUUCCUGUGGGUCGUCAUAAAUUACUUACACGGAGAGGUUGCGAGGUGUCCGAGCUAAAAACGGUCGAGACCGGGCUCAUUCGAUAG